UGAUUGGUGAAAGCACAGGCCAGUGGUCCGAUGCAACAUCCUGCCCUGUAUUGUGGCUGUUGUUACUUUGGUCAAGGCACCCAGGAUCUGAGAAACAGAGUUACUGUGAAGGAUGGGAAAUUAUCUCCUGAGAGAAUUCAGUUGCCUGAAAGACAAUCAAAAGCAGCUCGGGAAGGAGAACCCAGAUGUGAAAAGUAAACGGCAGGAAAUGACUACACUUGAGAGAGAAAAUCAAGGUCAAGAUAAGAAAAGUAAAGAUGUCCCAUCCACUUCUAAUCAGGAAAAUGAGAAUGGCAGUGGUUCUGAAGAAGUGAGCUACACUGUCAUUAAUCACCUGCCCUAUCGGAGACCCUCUCUGAGCUCCAAUGAUGGCGGUUAUGAGAACGUUCUGUCUACCACAGGAAGAGGGAGACCAUUAAGAGAAGGGUCAGAAACAGAAUAUGCCCGUCUCAGGACAACUUCUGUUAGUAGGCCUUCUUCCUGUACCCCUGAGAAUGAUUAUGAAUUUGUACUUCCUCACUAGAACCUUCAUUCCUCACCGUCUUCCAGUAACAAAGAUGAUACAGCAUAGUGGCCUCCAGGGGAGCUUCGCUUUCAGCAGUUCAUGAAACAUUCAUUUCUGGCCAAAUCUUAGAAAUUAUGUCCUUUUACUAUAUUUGCAUCGAGAAACUCUGAAAUACGGCAUUUCUGUGGUUUGGGUAAAGCCAUAUAGAUUGACAUAAUGAGAUAGAGUAUUCUGCAUCCUCUUGUUUGUAAGGUUUGAGGACAUGGAGGUGGUGGGAAAACCUUCCUAAGACAAUAAACACCCACAGAUAUACAACUUAGAAUAUCCAGUUUCAAUCCUGCUUUCCACAUUUCAAAACCCAACAUUCAUACUCCUAAUCAUCUAUUUCAAUUUUUGAGGUUUAAUAUAUGAAAUAAACUCUUAAAAUCUAAGACGAGUGACUAGACCAUUUGCUAACCUGAUAUUUACUUCAAUCUUGUCUUUUCCAUGUAUUAGAGAUUCUUGCCAUAAAUUUGAGGUAGUAGUUCAAAAACUAA